AUGUUUAAUGUAGGUGAAGGAUCUGAUACUAAUGAAACUAUAAGUUUGCACCCAAUUCGAUUAUUUCAACUGUUUCAAGCUAUUCAUCUAUCAAUAGUCGACAUUAAUGAUCAAUCACGGUUCAAACAUUUACUUUUAAGAAUGAUUGUUUUUAAUGCAAUGCCUUUUACAUUUGUUGAAAAUGAAGAUACUAUUGCUGUAUUUGAGUUUUUAGUACCAGAAAUUAAAUUACCCAAGUGCAAAGUUAUAGAUGACAAAGUAUUAAUGAAAAAUGAUGAAACCCCUGAGCAAGAAUUAAUAAUCACUGAUUUGGAUUAUCAAGUGAGUAGUGACAACGAAGAUAAUGUUGAGGAGGAGACAACUACUAGAUCUUAUCGUGAAAAUCAAUUUGAAAACAAGGAUGAUAAAAUUUUAUUAUCAAAAAAACAUCCUGCUGAUGAUGAAACAGCCAAAUGGCCUUUAGAUUCACUUUUUGUUUCUUCUUUAGAAAUGCCAGUAUAUUUCAAUUCAGAACUUGCUAACUUUUAA